GCAAGAUUCCUUUGGAGAGAUUUUCCAGUCAAGAAUCCUGUGCCAGUUUGUCAAAUGGGCAGCAGGGGAAAAAAAGAUGGUGCUGGCCCUAUGGUUCCUGUUAGUUAGAUCCCACCAGCCUUCCUUCCCCUCCUUGCAUUACAUAUACGAAAACACCGAGGCUUCUGUUUCUCCCGUCAACGACCUCGAGCAGGACAACUACGCCGAAUCGACAUGGAAUGCGGCAACUGUAGAUGGGAUGGCACCGCACGGAAACGACGGAGUUUGGGAUGAAGUGGCGAGCAACACCAACACAGGACAGGUAGAUUGCUGGUGGUGCAUAACUACUUGAAAUACUCAGCUGUUGGACCACUGUCACGGCCUUGUUUCGUUUUACUACUGUUACGAAGAUUCGAUUUAUUCCUGCUUCUUUCCUUUGCGUUUAUCUUGCACCUUACUCCCCAAUGUUGUUGAUUCCGCGGUCAUUAUGACGUACCUUACUAUUCGACCUUACCUAGGUACAUUCAAGCUUUUCACACAGGUUUCUAUUGGAUGCUGUUGAUUCCGCGUUUAUUAUUAUGACUCAUGCCUUGAUGCCGUCCGUUGUCAACAAAAAGCCGCCGAACGCUCCUUCUCAAAUAUUCGCCUGCUCUUUCUAUCUCCGGCAUCACAUUUCCUCUAUUCUACUCGUUCUCCUUGCCCCGAUUCCUUUCUCUCUUUCACAAUGUCAUCAUCUCCG